UUUCGAUAUUCGAGUUAACCCUGAACUAUUUGAAAUAUUAGCGAUAUACCCGAAUAAACAAGAACACUAAAUGAAUAUAAGUUAACUGUAAUUCCAUUUGUACAAACAAAGUAGCAAUUUUCAAAUGACAAAACAAGUAGCAGAAACAAAAAAGUACAUACAGGAAAAAUUUCUAGCCAAAAGCGCUUAAUGAGCAAGCGAACGAAAUUAGUUUUAGAGUAGUAAUGAAAAUUACUGCCAAAUAGAUAACAUUAAAAACAAACUAUUCCAACUAGCAAUAUCAUUAGUACUAUUUACAACUUGUACUAACAAUUUUCGCAUUGUGCAUCUCAAACAAAGCGUAACACCUGCCAACUUAGCUAACGGCAACAACCAAGCGGUGAAGGUGUCGCCAUUGACACUGGCAACGACACUGUCGACAAUAACAGCAACAAAAGGCAAGCAAUUACAAUAGCGACAACAACAACAAUAACUAUGUUGUGGAUGAGAAAUAAAAAAGUUGAGAAAAUUUGUGUAACAAUACAGACGCCGAAGCAGUGAUUGUACACUUCCGUUUGGAAAUUAAGCGACUUACUGUAUAGAUUUUUGUAAUAAUUUUAAAUUACAGUUUUUUCGCAAUGCCAGAAAAUAUAACGAGCGCACUGACAAUCAUAUGCGCACGAGAAAAGUUUAAAAAUAGUUUUGUAAUAAUUUUUGGAGUGUUUUAAAAUUUACUGCUGGGUUAGCUGCGUCGCUGCAAAAACAACAACUAGAUAAUAAAACCGGAAGAGCAAACUCAAAAAGUUAAGCGGCUGACUUAAAUUAAUUCGAAAAAUAAAAAACUACAGCAACAAUGCACUACAAAUUUAGUAUGCACAGAGCGAAAGCUGAGCAAUGUGAGCGCAAGAGAGCUAAUUUUUGUAAUUUUGCAAAACUCAAAAAUAUAAUCAUCUUCAGAAGUGUUUUCGAAUUUUGUGUUAAGCUGUGCUUGCUAACACACGUCACACCAUUAGCAAUGUACGCACAUAUUUAGAUAGAGUAAAAAUGCAUGCUAUGUACAUACAUAUGUAGACACGUUUGAUGUAUAGGCCUACGCCUGUAUGACAGUAGUAGCAUCACAACAAACAAAUUCAAGGCGAGACAUUUAGUUUGCAAAAAAAAAAAAAAACAACUUACAUUGAGGUCUUUGCAACACUGAAGGUUAGUGCCUGUAAGUGUAUACCCUGUAGGAAAUGAUUUAGUAGGCAACUGUUGCAGCUCGAACAGAUACAAGUGCUGCAACACUUUUAAUCUGCAUCUUGAGUUGAAGCAAGAGUAGAGAGAAUACCAUGAGUGUUUUCGGCUGUGUUCUGUCAACCAGAGAAUAAUAUAAUAGGUUGAACCCCACGCAUUACAAUAAAGCUUCGCAAAUAUUUGCAUUAAAAAGAAUCUGAUAAGAUCUUGAUUUGUGUGUGUAUGUUGAGAACUGGCAAUAAAUUGUUUGAUAACAGCCACACACAUGAUAUAAUAGGAAGAAGAAGCUUGGAUUAAAGCUAGCAAAUGUGAUAGAAAAAGCAUAGCUCUUUUAAACUUGAAGUUGCAAAGUUGGCAAACGAAAAUUUCACGAAGUCGAAAUACAAAAAUUAAAUACAUGGAAGCUAUAGAAAGAAAAAUACAAUGCUGAUAAAAAUAUAUAAACAAAAAUAAACAGCACUACUGCAGUGCAACAAAAUUAACAACAACAAUCAAAACAACACGAUCACUGUGAGCAAAAUGUUGCUGUGAUUGCUGAGAAAUAGAGUGCGAUAAUAAGCGGCGCGAGUGUGUGGAGAGCGCUGAGCAUGCGAGUAGCAUACCACACAAUCAACCCCCCACCCCAUUCAUUCCAAAAUGGCAUACGGCGACGAAAGCAAAAACAAUAACAGCAAACGAUUGCCCGCAAACGUACACAACAAAAGCAGCUGGCAACAAAAAAUCUCUGCAGUAUUGUGAGCAACUUCGCAACUGCAGAGUACUCGUGCUUUUUAGCACCGGCUGCUGCAGCCGCUCCACCCGCAUACCCCGCUCCAUAAACCAACGGACGAGACUAAAUUUAUGCCGCAUUCGCUACUAUCGCUGUGAGCGCAUAAAAAGCUGUCGUUUUGUUGCUUUUAUUGUAGUUGUGCGUGUGUUUAUUUAUUUGGCAGCAGAAGUCGCGAAUUGUCGCAAGAGUGCUGGGUUAGAAAGCAAAGUGAAUAAAAAGCAAAACAAAAAUAUUUUACACAAAAUGAUUGCGAACCACCACAACAAUUGGUCACUCGUUGCUCGCCGGCGCUCAGUUGGCGUAAAAUACAUUUAAUAUAUGUACAUACAUAUAUAAAUACACAUAUAUUUCUGUAUUGUUGUAUAAAUAUCGCAGUGUUUUGUGUUUGAGGCUUGAAUUUGUGAAAAGAUCCGCACCGGCGACGUUCGCAUUUUUUAUUGUUGUUAUUUAUUUUUAUGUUUUUUUCUUUUAAUAAAACGCGCUCGCACAUUUGUUGUGGCAUUUGCACUAGUACGCAUUCGCUUGUCGUCGAAGUUCGCGUUUUACCCUCUUGACACGAAACAGAUUUAUUUUAUUUUUUUGUAUUUUCGUGUUGAAAAAUUGUAUCUGAAAAAUUGUUAAUUGGUACGCGGUUAGUGAUAGUGGAUGCCAAAAGUUAUUUGUAAAUUUACCAGGUGAAAGGAAAAGUGUGUUGUGCGUAAGUGUGGACACUGGCAAAUGAAAAGUGCAAGGCAAGACAAUUCUCGCUGUUGUAAAGUGAAUAGAAAUGAUUUUUAAAAUAAAUUUUAUAUAAUAUUAAUGAAGUGGCGAUAUUAUAUGAAAAAUUAAUACGUAUAUAUAUGUUGCUAUGUAAGUAUAUAAAGUGCAUUCAACGGAAAGUGAAGUAAAAUAAAAAUAAAAAAAUGAGAAAACCAACAACAUAAACAAACAUACAAGCAGCGAUAAUCACAAACGUGAACAAAUACAACAUUUUUAUAACAGUUGAAACUGCUCAAUAGUAAGAAAAAACGAUAAAUUGUACAAAAAAAUUUUAUUAACAGUGUUGUAUGCAAAUCUUUAUAACAACAAAAACUGUAUAAGCUUAACUAAGCAGUUACAAAUAUACCUAUAUAUAAAUAUAUAUAUUUAUAGUAAUACUACAAGCUGUUAUUGCACAUAUACAGUGAUUCUAAAGAUACUUAAAAUCGCACCUAAGCGACUACAAUAAAAAUAAAAACAACAAUUACCAAGCCAACUUUGCAUAUGAGUCAUUCAAGCGCCGAAAAGCAAUAAAAGCAAAGACACACUUGAAAAUUCAAAUAAAAUUUCACAAGAAAAUUCAAUAAGAAUUUUAUUAACCCCAGCAACCAUUAUAGAAUCCUUGGCAAUUGUUGCCAAAACAUAAUACACACAUACACACAGAGCUAAAGAGUGUUUGAGUACACGUGUCUGAGCCAAGGCAGCUGCAAGUUUACAAACAAAACAAAAACAAUAACAAACAAAAUGAGAACUAGAACAAGCAACAAAUUUAGCACAAAGCCAAGUAGCAUAUGACAUACAUAUGCAUGUAUGUGUUGUGGCAGCAAAAAAAGGGUCAGAAGUGGUAAUUAAGGUAAACAACAACAAGAGUUUGCAUUGAAAAUUAAAUAUCAAAUAAGUCUAUACAAAACGACGCAAUUAAACAACUAAAAAUUUAGUAAAAAUACAGCAACUUAUGUAAAAUACAACAACACACACACUGCCAAAAUAUUCUAGCUACAACAUUUCGUACGCAAACUAGAUUUGAGCAAACUGUAAAAAUCUCAAAACGAACAACACUUUUACAAAAAAAGCUUUGAGUUUCGACGCGCUUAAUUUAAGCGCAGCAUAGAACAUUAAACAACAAAGUGACUUUACAGUAUCGAAAGGUACUGUUUUAGAAAAUACAGCUACAACUGUAACAGCGCGAAUUUACGCUUCGUUUAAAUAAAAGUACACAUUAGUUUGUACUUUUCGAAAACCGUCGAAUCUUCACCGCAAACACGGUACAAUUCACAGUGCCCCCCACCGGCAACAAAAUUGCCACAACGGCGACGUUAACGCGCUCAGAGACAGUAGCUGCCAAAAUGAAGCGACUAAUGACGUGGGAACGCGAUCUGGUCGAUGCGAUGUAUGGGUAUCGACAGACACGUUUCAGUUCACGGCGUGUGCGGAAACGUGUUAUCUUCAAGCAUGGCGAGUGUAAUGUGGUACAAGGCAAUGUGGCGAAACGGCGACGCAGGUAUCUGCAGGAUAUCUUCACCACCCUGGUCGAUGCUCAAUGGCGUUGGACCAUGCUCGUAUUUGCGCUCAGUUUUCUCAUCUCGUGGGCGUUAUUUGCGUUCGUUUGGUGGGUGAUCGCUUAUGCGCAUGGCGAUUUCGAAUAUAUUUACAAUCGUGAUUUCUUUCCCGAACGCAAUGUAAAUGUAACGCAUCGCAUGUGUGUGACGGAGGUGCGUAGCUUUGUUUCGGCAUUUCUCUAUUCGGUGGAAACGCAAACGACAAUAGGCUAUGGAAAUCGCUUCGUGACGGAGGAGUGCCCAGAGGCGAUAUUCAUAAUGUGUCUGCAAUGUAUUUUGGGUGUUUUCAUACAAGCAUUUAUGGUUGGUAUUGUGUUUGCGAAAUUGUCGCGUCCCAAGAAGCGCGCACAAACGUUGCUCUUCUCGCGAAAUGCUGUGAUUUGUCAUCGGGAUGGGGUGCCAUGUCUGAUGUUCCGGGUGGGUGAUAUGCGAAAGAGUCAUAUUAUUGAGGCGCACGUGCGGGCGCAGAUCAUUAGAAAGAAGAUUACUAAAGAGGGCGAAAUAUUACCGUUCUAUCAGCAAGAGCUGACAGUCGGCGCAGAUGGUGGCGAAGACCGGCUAAUGUUUAUUUGGCCCACAACGAUUGUGCACAAAAUCGAUCGUAACAGUCCGUUGUACAUGCUUUCCGCGUCGGACAUGUUAAAGGAACGCUUUGAGGUUGUUUGUAUGUUAGAGGGCGUCAUAGAGUCCACUGGCAUGACAACACAGGCGCGCAGCAGUUACCUGCCUUCGGAGAUACUCUGGGGUCAUCGUUUUGUGAAUGUGGUGUCGUUUCGUAAAGAAACGGGCGAAUACGAAGUGGACUACACCCUAUUCAAUAACACUUAUGAUGUAGAUACACCACUUUGUAGCGCCAAACAACUGGAUGAUGUGAAGGCCGAAUAUGCUAAAAAUUCCAAGUUGGGCUUAGAACGCGCCUUUUCCGCCGGUCUUAUGCACAUACCAUCCACCAUAUCAGUGGAUCGUUUAGAUCCAAACAGCGACGAGUCGUUGGACUCACGUCUGCAAACACGCAAUAAUUCCAUCCCCAAUGGGGUGCUUGCCGAGGAAAUGCAACCGUUGAAUUGUGGUGGCGGUAGCACAAACGGUAACUAUCACUAUGUGCCACCCUCGUUUACAGUUGGCGGCUCAGCGAUACAAAUACCCUCGUUGGCACUCUCCACAAAUCUACAUAGUAUUAAUGAGAAAACCAAUUCCGGCAGCAGCAGCAGCAGCAGCACCAAUAAUCUCACCAUUAAUCCCACCACCACGCCAAAUACACUCUCACCAGCAACGGCGAGUGCUACAUAUAAUAAUAACAACAAUAAUAAUCAAGAUAGAAGUAAUGGCGGCAACAUCAAGAAGACACCAUCAAGUGGUCGACGAUUAUCGAUCAAACAAGAUCAGUUAUCGGUCGAUUCGAUUUGUUGAUAAUGGCGGCGACAAAAUGACACAUGGACAUACCACGCGUAUAUUGGUGAUGGAAUGAUUGUUGGUGUAAUGGUGUGUGUAUAAAAGCAAAGAAUUUUUUUUUUGUAAAGAAUUGACUGAUCGUAUUCCUUUGUCUGCCGCGCAAGCCGCUUUUAUUGCAAAUAAUUUAAUUUUUUUUCGCCUAAAAUUAAAUUACAACGUUAUUGAUUAAUAUUUAAUUAAAAUAGUUUCUUCCAUAUAUACAGCUUUAAUUGUAGUGGAAAGUCAUAAGCGCAAUUAGCGGUAGAUUUAGAAAAAAAAUAAGUUAAUAUUAGUUGAGAGAAAAUUGCAGUGAUGUGAGCAAUGCCAAUAUCAGCGCUAUUUGUGUCAUCGUUUCAUAAGCGAUAACUCCUUAGUUGCCUAAUUAUGGUUUCAAAUGAAUAUAAGUGCUUUCAAUGUCAAUUAGGAGUUGGUUUGAAAUGUAGGAAAGCAAAAUUUGCGCUGGUUUAUGACUCACCCGUUUGCCAAUAGGUCGACGUGAUAUACGAGAAGUCGUUAUUUAAUCGAAAAAAGUCGUCAAUUAAUCAAUUGUUUAUGCGUCAUUUUGUCCAUUUACCAUUAAUUCUUGUUUACAGUGUUAUAUUAAUAUGUUUUGUUGUUGCACGCGCGAAUUUACUAUUAUCAUAAUUAUAAUUUUAUUUCGAUUUAUUAUCGGGAUAUGUUUAUGCAUAGGUUUUAUUAGUAAAACAACAAAUGUUUGAAAGUUUUAUUUUUAAACUUUUAAAGACAUACUUUAUAAACACACACAAACAGUUAAAAAUAAUUAUUUACACAUGCAUAAACAAAAGUAAAUGCAAAAAUAAAAUUGCUCGUAAAAAAUCAAUGCUUUGCAAUAAAUAAUUAUUUAGUAUCCUCCAAGCUGCUAGUGAGCGUUUUUUUAGACUAUUCCUGCAAAUUAUUUUUAAAUUAUUCCCAAACUACUUUAAGCCUACAGAGCAAUUUUAAAUUUAUUUUAGUAAUUAAGUUUAAUAACUAAGAGCAGAAAAUUAGAAAUUUUUUAAAUAUUAAAAGUAGGAAAGUUAAUUUACAACUAUGGCUGAAAUUGAGCUUUUAAAAAACGAAUAUAUGUUAUUUCAAAAAUUCACAAAAAUACAAACAACUCUAACUGUAAUUCAAAAUUGAAAAAAAAAACAAAUGUUCAAGAAUGCAAGUAAAUUACGUUCACUUUACGAGACAAACUCGAGUUUAUCAGACACUGUGUUGUUAGGUUUAGUUAGAGUUUAUGAAAAUACAAACAAUGUUGCUUCUUUGACAGUACAUCAUUGCAAACUCCUGUUACUGUUGCACUUUUGACAUGCUUUCAUGAACAUAAAGUCCUAAACCAGAGAAUGUAAAUGAAUUAUUCAUAUGUAUUCUCUGCUUAAACACGCGUUUGUAGCGAAAAGUGAACGUACUAUGAGCAGCAAGAAUUAAAAUAAAAACAAAAUCAAAUAUUCUAACCAAAUGUAUUACAUAGGAAAAAAUGAACACUCAAUAAAUGUGAGCAGUAGAAUCACGAAACGAAUUUAACAGUUUGUGGAGACAAUUACAGGCGGCUACGAAAAUAUGCGUACACAGAAAAACAGCUAUUGUUGACACACAGUUUUAACGCUUAUUGGAAUUGCUGGUGUUAAAUAAAGAUUUAUUUAAAAACACUGUUUUAAAUUAAAUGUCCAAGAAAUAUAUUUCCCAAAUGUAUGUACAUAUGCAUGUAUAUUUAAUUGAAAAGUAUAUUGGACAAUGUUGAUAUGAUAAUAAAAGUUGGCUGUUUAUAUAAAUGUACAAGAUUUACCAAAUAAACAAAAAAUUUUAAGCGAAAGAAAAACGCAGAAA